AUGGCUACCGACUACAGUUCGUUGAAGGUUCCCGAGCUCAAGAAGUUGCUCCAGGAGAGAGGCCUUCCCGCAACGGGCAACAAGCUGGACCUUGUCAACCGCCUCAAGGAGAACGAUAAGCAGACCGCGCCUGCCACCGCAGAGGAGGACGAGAUUGACUACAGUGACGACGAGCCCGCGCCCGCCAAGGCCCCUGAAGCCCCCAAGCCCGCCGCCGACGCGUCUGCCCCUGCCACAGCUGAGCCCACGGCUCCCGCCGCCGAAGCUGCGCCCGAGGCCGCCCCCGAGGCUGCCACAACCGCCGAAGGAGACGAGCCCGACAAGGCUGCAGAGACUGCCGCCGAGGUGCCAAAGGAGAACUUCGCCCUAAACCUCGAUGCGACCGACGCCGCAGCAGAAGCCAAGAAGCGCGCCGACCGCGCCAAGCGCUUCGGCAUCGACGAGGACAAGGAGGCCAAAAAGAAGGCCGAACGCGCCAAGAAAUUCGGUGUCGAGGUCGGCAGCGUCGCUGGUCUCGAUUCCGCACUACCCGAGAGGCGCCCCAAGCGCGGCCGUCCCGAACGCGCCGACGAGCAGCCCGGACGCAAUUCCAAGCGACUGAGCACCGAUGGUCGCGGACAACGCGGUAGGGGCAACAGGAACGGGCGUCCCGGUGGUCGUCAAGGAGGCGGCGAUCGCGAACCCAGACGCAGCGCCGCCGUUGAUCCUGCCGAUAAGGCGAAAAUGGAGGCCAGAGCGAAGCGAUUCGCCGCCUAG